GAGGUCAGUAAUGACUCUUGGCAAUGGUCCCUGCAGGAGGCCACCACCCCGUGCGGGAAGGAGAGGUGUUCAACACGCGAUACCAGGCUCUGCACAAGCUGGGCUGCGGCGCCUUUGCCACCGUCUGGCUGUGCCAGGACAUGAGGAGGAAGAAACAUGUAGCUGUGAAGGUCCUGAAAAGCAGGGAAGGCUUUGCUGAGGCUGCCCAGGACGAGGUCGCUCUCCUCCGCUGCGUGAGCAGUAUGAAGAAGAAGGACCAGGCAGGAGAAAACAUUGUCUGUUUGUUAGACGACUUCAGAAUGAUUGGAGAGAACGGCUUCCAUGUGUGCUUGGUAUUUGAGGCGCUGGGCCCUUCCCUGCGAUGUCUGAUGGGCGACUACGCAGCCCAGGGACUGCCCUUGCCUUUUGUGAAAAAAUCUUUACAGCAGGUGCUGGCAGGGCUGCACUUCCUACACAAGCACUGCCGCAUCAUCCACACGGACAUCAAACCAGAGAACGUCUUGCUCUACGGAUGUGACAAAAUUCUCCAAAGGCUUCAGCCCGAUACGUUUGACUGCGGCCAGAGAACAGAUCUGAGGGUAAAGAGACCAGGAGGUGAUCGAUUGGAAGAAUCUGAUUUAAUGAGCAUAGAAGUGAAAAUUGCAGAUCUGGGCAGCGCAUGCUGGACAUACAAGCCAUUUUCCAAGGAGAUACAGACCCAGCCUUACCGUGCCCUGGAAGUGCUUCUUGGAUUAGACUACAGCACUCCGGUGGAUAUCUGGAGCACGGGCUGCCUGGCAUUUGAAAUGGCAACUGGGGAGCGUCUAUUUGAUCCUCAACCUGGGAAAUAUUUCUCCAGAGAUGAUGAUCAUGUUGCUCGUAUUAUUGAACUUCUGGGAAGAAUUCCUCCUCAAAUUGCUUUCUCCUGGAACAAGUCAACAAAAUUUUUCAGCAGGCCAGGUGCUCUUCUGCGCCUCUCCAGGCUUUGCCCCCGCAGUCUCCACAGCAUCCUGGCGGACAGACACAACUGGGCAAAACACGAGGUUGCCCCCUUCACCAGCUUCCUCCUGCCCGCGCUGCACUACGCGCCCGAGCGCCGCGCCACAGCCGCCCAGUGCCUGCACCACGCCUGGCUGAGCGCCCCGUGA